GAGAGCCCGCUGAGAAGGGCGGGCCACACAGCGCAGAGCGCGGGGCAGCGUCACGUCAGGGCCAAAGGCGGCCUUGUCGCCCUGGCGACGGUGCCCUGGCGAAGGUUUCCCAGCUCCGUACGGCCACUCGCUAAGCCUUCUUCGCGAGAAAGACGGAGGCGAAGAAGAUUAAGCCAUGUCGGUCUCCCAGUCCUUUUCUGUGGGCGCGUCCUUCUCUGCGGUCGAUGGGCCGCCUGAGACUGAAAAGACCGCCGGGGAGUCGGAGAACACCUACAUUCUGCGGCCCAUUUUCCAGCAAAGGUUCAGACCCUCUGUGGUUAAAGACUGUAUUCAUGCUGUGCUCAAGGAGGAACUGGCAAAUGCUGAAUACUCUCCAGAAGAAAUGCCUCAGCUCACAAAACGUUUAUCAGAAAAUAUUAAAGAUAAAUUAAAAGGAAUGGGAUUUGACCGAUAUAAAAUGGUGGUGCAAGUAGUGAUUGGAGAACAAAGAGGGGAAGGAGUAUUUAUGGCUGCUCGCUGUUUCUGGGAUGCUGACACUGACAACUGCACGCAUGAUGUUUUCAUGAAUGACAGUUUAUUCUGUGUUGUAGCAGCAUUUGGCUGUUUCUACUAUUGAAUCUUUGAAAGCUGGAAAAGAUAUGACCAUGAAGAAAUAUGAACUUUUUUAUAUUGUUAAAUAUCUUGACAAAAUAAAGUUGGCAGUUUGGCAACUGA